CACCUGGAUGGAGCCAUGGGUCCUCCAUUCCUUUCACUGCUGCUGCUGCUGCUGCUGCCUUGGCUCCAGGGUUGCCUCUCAGGUACCUCUGUCGAGAGUGUGUACUCCAAGGUGCAGCAUUUUGAAGGGGAGACUCUGUCUGUGCAGUGCUCCUACAAGAACCGCAAAAACUAUAUGGGGAGCAAGGUUUGGUGCAAAAUCAGGAAGAGGAGGUGUGAGCCCGGCUUUACCCGUGUCUGGGCACAGGGGCCGCGCUACUUGCUGCAGGACGAUGCUCAGGCCAAGGUGGUCAAAAUUACCAUGGUGGCCCUCAGGCGCCAGGACUCGGGCAGGUACUGGUGCAUGCGCAACAGCUCCGGGACCCUCUACCCUCUGAUGGGCUUCCAGCUGCAAGUGUCUCCAGCCCCCACAACCAAAAGAAACACUCCUCUUACACAGCUGGCCAACAUCCUCAAGCAUGGAAUUGUCGUCACAACAGGCCAAGUCCCUACCUCAGGCCCUGAUGCCCACUUCACCACCAAUGUGAUGAUGUUCACAUCUGGAGUCCUCACCUUGGCCAGACCUUUGCCCUCCACUGCCUCAGAGACCAUCAGACUGACCUCUAUGACGGGCUACAGCUUCACCAGCCCCUCCACCCCAGAUCCCGGAAGGAUCACGGGACUCCAGACUGUGACUGCAUCUCCCAGCAAUGACAGAGCCUCCUCUGCUGGUCCAGCAUCCUUCUCUACCAAAGCAGGGCACCUGCACACCAAAUCGCCCGCCACGAGAAUGUACCAUACCAGCAGCUCUCUCCUCAACAAAUUAUCCCCCAUCAGGCACCAGAAUCCAUAUCCCGUUGUGCUUGUGGGGGUGCUGACCUUCCUCUCAGUGCCUGUGAUGUUGAUCGUGGUCUAUGGGUUCUGGAAGAAGAGACACGUGGCAAGCUACAGCAUAUGCAGGGAUUCCGCUAGACCCUGGAAAGAACCGCCAGGAAGACCGGAGCCUCCCUGGAAGCCUGCUUGGUCUAAGGCCACUCAUGGUGUUGGGGAGCUUCUCCCAGAAGGGCCUGUGGAGGCCAGAGGAGUGAAGAUGGGGACCUGUCUGGAUUGGAGCCAGGUUGGGGGGUGA